UUAAAUAACGAUUACUUUGUGUAAAGAACUAAAGGCUCUGAAUGUUGUUGAUAUUAAAAUCGUAUUUAAUCUAACAAGAAAAAUCUUUAAGAAAAUGUUUCAAAGAAAUGUAUUGCGUUAAAAUUUAAUAGCACAAAGACACUUUAUGUUUCACUCUGUAUUAUCAAGAGACCGCGAUGGUCUCUUGGUAAUAUUGUAUUAUCUCUUAGUCCAAUGCUUGGCUUAUUGGUGGCUAAUGUUUCUCAAACUGAUUAGCACUUGUAAGCUAAUGACUUACACUUAUAUCCUUACAUAGGAAUUACGUAAUUUUUUACUUAAGAAUUAAAAAAAUCGAGUAAAGGGUUCAAAAAUAACAAUUUAAAAAGAAAAAUAUUUUUAAAAUAACUUUGCUAAACUGUUUAAUCAUUAUGCUGGGAGACUAUCAUGAUGAAAUCAGUAAUUUCAAGUUAAAAACUUUUCUUUGAAGUGUGAUAUUGUGAAAUAAAAAGAUUUCACUUUAAACGUUUACUACUGACAUUAGCACUUCUAUUGUUUGGGCUUCUAAAAAUAAUUAAAAUGAAUCUAAAAAAAACCCGAUAGUUCAACAAUAAACAUGGAACAUAAAUUAAAGGAACUGCGCAUCUAUAAUAACCUCAUCCAGUGCAUUCAUGGAGUCUAAGCAUUAGUUUUUCUAUUGUAACAUGACAGCUAAGUUUAACCUAUCACUAAAGAAUCGGCAGGAAGGGAACAUGAUUUAAAAAUUGCUGUUUUAGAUAAACUUUUGACCUUUAAUUACAAUAUGAUCCCGAGAAUGUUGUAGUGGUUUCCUUCGGUGUAAAAAGUGUCUCCCCGACGCUCUAACCACUUAGCUGUUAAAAUAUAUAUUUAAAAAUAUAAACAGCGAGAAAUAUAUAUAAAAACAGAAAUCGUCGCCAUUUUACCCUACACUUGAGCGUGCGCACAAAUCUUUACUACAUUUACACUCAAAUUCCCAUUUCGAACUUUCAAAACAGCUAAUUAAUUAAUUUAUUUAUGUUGCUUUUAGUGUCGUGCUUUUUUACUCGUAUCAGACGGUUUUUAGUUAGUUCAUAGUUUAAAAGAGAGAGGCUCGCAAAGAAUGAAUGAGGCAACUUCUCUUCAAAUACGAUAUCUGCCAAGAUAAGAGGCGCGCCGGUAUAUAAGAUAAAGACUCUUGACGACAAAAAUGCGCUCGGUAACAAGUAAAGACAAGUAAAGGAAGCCAUCACACAUAAGAUAUGCGUUAUCGUUUUAUUCUUGCUGCUCGUAGGGAGGGAUUCGCCGGUCAAACCAUUAAGGCUCUUGUGGUAUUUCUGUUGGUAAUCGUCUCUUCAAAGCUUUCCAGCAGCAAGCCAGCAACGAUUUUCGCCCAAGAAACAAACACUCCUAAUAAUAACUGCAGACCAGUAAAACGAGAGGUUCUACGCGAACGAUUAGGUCAUGCAUUCAACCACCACUACAUGGCAAUGGACUUUAUUGACAUCAAGGAAAAGGUCUCUGAUCGUUCUGAGCUUGCCAAUAUAAUAGAUGAGCUAGACCCGGCUUAUUUACUACUCAACUUUGAUACGGGCGAUCACGAUAAUUUGGAAACAGACCACGUGCCUGAAAAAGCUGAACACGUGCGCAGUGGGCCUUAUCACGUGAAUGGGAGUAUGCGCGAUCGCCGAAGCAGUGGUUCAAUUCGUAUCGGCGACAUCCAAGACCCUACGCCUUGGACGUGUCAAACUAAAGUACGAUGGGAGAGACUGGGUGCAAAUUAUUUCCCGCGUUAUUUGCGAACUGUCACGUGCACACAGCCUUUAUGCUGGUACGGCCAUUUCAGCUGUAGACCAAAGCUCUUCAAGCUGAAGGUCCUAAAGAAAAAGCAAAACACGUGCCGACAGAUAACCUCCUUGAGAGACGGUCACCGACUGUUCGAGGAAUUCUGGGAAGUGGUAGAAAAAGAAGUGGCGUUGUACUGUCAAUGCACCCAAUAACCAAUCACACAAGGCAAACAUCACGUGAUACUGACGUAUGGAGGGGUCUGUUAAAACUAGGGGAGAUGGUAGACUUCUGGGCCACUUUUUAUCUCGCGUUGCUGGCCCCAUCGUAAGGCCCAAAAUAUUGUUAUUUUUUUCUUGCAUGUAAAUUACAAAUAAAGAUAGAUAUAGAUAGAGCGCUAUGUAUGUCCAAUAUUACAAUAGCAAUGUGGAUAAACCCCUACGAUACUUAAUAUGCGCCAUACCAUAAUACUCCAAUUAUUACGCAAUAUCUUUAGCGUAAGGCUGAUGGAUGCAAAGGAAUGAAUUACAUAGCCUAGAGAAAGAGCUUUCAUAUCAUAAUUUUGGUAAUAUGGUUAUAUUGAAUAUCGUAGUAGCUGAGACUAUCUAUAUCGCUAAAGAGAUAUCUCUAUUUCGUCGAUCUAUAUUUAAUACUCCAAGUAUUACAAGGCAAACUUUCUAUUAGAAAGGGCUCAUCAUCAAUAAAAGUCUCUCCCUUGACAUUCCCCUACACACCAGGUUUCACAUUAUCUGACGAAGUGUCACCAUGCAGACCAUCUCCGGGAUUUGGUCAUAUUGUGAAAUAAAAUAAAAUCGUUUGCCCUCAGGCAAGAUGGAAAUCUAA